AUGUCCGCGACACAGCUGCUCAAUCCCAAGGCGGAGUCCCGGCGACGCGGAGAGGCCCUGAAGGUCAACAUCAGCGCCGGAGAGGGUCUCCAGGAUGUUCUGAAGUCGAAUUUGGGUCCUUCGGGAACCCUGAAGAUGCUCGUGGACGGUUCCGGUGGAAUCAAAUUGACCAAGGAUGGAAACGUUUUGCUGCGCGAGAUGCAAAUUCAAAACCCGACGGCCGUCAUGAUCGCCCGAGCGGCAACCGCUCAAGAUGAUAUCACUGGUGAUGGUACGACGUCAGUCGUUCUGUCCGUUGGAGAGCUUUUGAAACAGGCCGACCGUCAUAUUUCAGAAGGCCUUCACCCCCGUGUGAUUACGGACGGUUACGAGAUCGCGAAGAAUGAGGCGCUGAAGGUAAACGAAAUCCCUGAAAGGAUGUCUACGGGCCCGUCUCUGACCUUUGUGCAGUUCCUGGACCAAUUCAAGCUCGAAAAAACCAUCGACAGAGAACUCCUGCUUUCCGUAGCUCGCACCUCUCUCUCCACCAAGCUGAACAGCUCACUCGCCGAAAAGCUCACUCCCGAUAUUGUUGAUGCUGUUCUGGCCAUCCACCGUGCCCCAGAGAAGCCCGACUUGCACAUGAUUGAGAUCAUGACCAUGCAACACCGCACAUCAUCGGAUACUCAGCUCAUUCGUGGGCUGGCGUUGGAUCACGGUGCCCGUCAUCCCGAUAUGCCCAAGCGCGUUGAGAACGCUUUCAUUCUGACUUUGAAUGUGAGCCUCGAGUACGAGAAGUCUGAAAUCAACUCAGGCUUCUACUAUUCCAGUGCUGAACAGCGUGACAAGUUGGUGGAGAGUGAGCGCAAGUUCGUCGACGCGAAACUGCAAAAGAUUGUGGAAUUGAAGAAGCAAGUCUGCGGCAACGACCCUAAGAAGGGCUUUGUGGUGAUUAAUCAGAAGGGCAUUGACCCCCUGAGCUUGGAUAUCCUCGUCAAGAAUGGCAUCAUGGCUCUGCGGAGAGCCAAGCGGAGAAAUAUGGAGCGCUUGCAGCUGGUUUGCGGCGGUGUCGCUCAGAACAGUGUUGAUGAGAUGACACCCGACGUACUUGGCUGGGCCGGCUUGGUUUACGAGCACCAGCUCGGCGAGGAGAAGUACACCUUUGUGGAGGAAGUCAAGGACCCCAAGUCCGUGACUAUCAUGAUCAAGGGACCCAACCCGCACACCAUCGCUCAAGUGAAGGAUGCAGUGCGAGAUGGCCUGCGCUCCGUUUAUAACACGAUUGUCGAUGGCUGCGUCAUCCCUGGAGCCGGUGCAUUCCAAGUUGCCUGUGCCCAACACCUGAAGUCAGACAAGUUCAACAAGACCGUGAAGGGUAAGGCCAAGUGGGGUGUUGAUGCGUUUGCCGAUGCGCUGUUGGUCAUUCCCAAGACUCUCGCUGCAAACUCAGGACACGAUGUCCAGGAUUCCCUGGCUGCCAUGCAGGAUGAAAGCAAAGAUGGAGCCGUCGUCGGCUUGGAUCUGAACACUGGUCUCCCUAUGGACCCUGUUCAAGCGGGCGUCUUCGACUCCUACCGUGUGCUUCGGAACUGUGUUGCUUCCAGCACUGGCAUUGCAUCCAACCUUUUGCUUUGUGAUGAGCUCCUGAAGGCUCGUCAAAUGAGCAAGUCCGGUGGCCCCGGCGGCAUGGAGGAGUAA